CAGGCUACUAGAUACAUUUGUUGAAGGUUCGUGGUAGAAGCAACAAUGGCUCAAACUUGGUUCUCAAAUGUGAUCGAGGGACCACCAAUCGAGGUCUUCGCCCUCAAUAAGGCUUUUGCUGAAGAUAAAUUUCCAGAAAAAGUCUCACUUGGUGUUGGGGCCUAUCGGACCGACGAGGGCAAACCUUGGGUGUUGCCAGUUGUUAGAAUUGCUGAAAAAGCUCUGGCUGAAAAUCCAGCUUUAAACAAGGAGUAUUUGCCAGUUCUUGGAUUUGAGCCUUUCACCAAGUUGGCCACAGAAAUGCUUUUAGGGAAAGACAGCAAGCCACUUCAAGAAGGAAGGGCAUUUGGAGUGCAAACUUUAUCAGGCACCGGUGCAUUGAGGGUGGGAGCAGAAUUUCUCGCCAAAAUCGUGGGCCUCAAAGUAUUUUAUUAUUCCAAACCAACAUGGGAAAAUCACAGGCUGGUAUUUUUGAAUGCCGGCUUCCAAGAAGCGCGCGAAUACCGCUACUGGGACGCGGCUAACCGCAAGCUGGACAUCGACGGUUUCCUCGAGGAUUUGAGGAACGCUCCCGAAAAUUCCGCCAUCAUCCUGCAUCCGUGCGCCCACAAUCCGACCGGCUGUGAUCCCACGCACGAUCAAUGGAAACAAAUCGCCGAGGUGAUCAGAGAGAGGAGGUUGUUCCCGUUCUUCGACAGUGCUUACCAGGGCUUUGCCUCCGGCAAUUUGGACACUGACGCGUGGGCUGUCCGCUAUUUCGUACAGGAAGGAUUCGAGAUCUUUUGUUCGCAGAGUUUCGCCAAGAACUUCGGCUUGUACAAUGAACGUGUGGGUAACUUGACAAUUGUAAUGAACAACCCCAGCGAAAUUCCAAAGGUUAAAUCGCAAAUAACUUUGGUGGUGAGAGGAAUGUACUCGAAUCCACCGAAUCACGGUGCACAAAUCGUCGCUCACGUUCUUGGCAACGAAGCACUUUACGCUCAAUGGCAAGAGCACAUCCGCACAAUGUCCGGAAGGAUCAUUGAAAUGCGCAAGAGGCUGAGGGAGGAAUUGGAAAAGAUCGGGACUCCUGGAGAUUGGAGCCACAUCACCACCCAAAUAGGCAUGUUCUCCUACACCGGAUUAAAUGAGAUUCAGUCAGAGCACAUGGUUAAACAUCAUCAUGUCUACAUGUUGAAGUCGGGAAGGAUCAGUAUGUGCGGUUUGACUCCGGCAAAUGUAGCAUAUGUUGCCAAGGCGAUUAACGAAACUCUGAAAACCUUGCCUCAUAAAUUGUAAAUGAACUGACACACAAAUAAAUAUAAUAUUCUACACAAUAAUACGUUUAUAAAGAUAUGUUGUUGAUAUAAUGUUUAAAAUUUUAUAUACAAAUUGUGAUUUACACCUUUAUAUUUGUCGUUUUUAGUUACAAUAUAUUUAAAGUGUAAAUGUCAA